GUUACGGACUCCGCAGGUUAACCUUGCUCGUUACUUUUGUUUCCCUAGUUCGAUUCCAGCUCCUCGAUCUCCUCUGAGAUUGCAGAGAGUAGAAAAGGAGGGAGGGAACGAUGAUCGGAGUAGGGAAGAUCAAGCAGUACUCCAAUGUCCUUGAUAAACCCCUUAGCAAAGGCAAACAGGAGGUAAGUCUUAGUGCGUUUGCAUUCUUAUUUUCGGAGCUUGUGCAGUACAAUCAGACUCAAGUUGACAACAUUGCUGAGUUAGAACGAAGGCUGGAGGAUGCUGGCUAUGCUGUUGGUGCAAGAGUUCUGGAACUUCUUUGCCAUAGGGAUAAGGGCAACAGAAGGGAAACACGAUUGUUGGGAAUUUUGUCCUUUGUACACAGUACAGUAUGGAAAGUGUUAUUUGGAAAGGUAGCAGAUUCACUUGAGAAGGGAACUGAGCAUGAAGAUGAGUACAUGAUCAGUGAAAAAGAGCUCCUUGUGAAUCGGUUUAUUUCCAUACCAAAAGACAUGGGAACAUUUAAUUGUGGGGCAUUUGUUGCCGGAAUUGUAAGGGGUGUCCUGGAUAAUGCAGGUUUUCCAGCUGUAGUUACAGCUCAUUUUGUCCCUAUGGAGGGCCAGCAGCGACCUCGCACCACCAUUUUGAUAAAGUUUUCCGAAGAGGUAUUACAAAGAGAAGCAAGGUUGGGCUAAUUUUUGGCUCGAGAUGGUGUUAAUCUUGUUGAAGAUCAGACUGUAACAGAGGAUGCUGAAUUUUGGAGCUGAUUAAUUGGAUACAAACAACUCCAAUACUGUUGAACUUCUUCAGCUAUAUGUUACUAAUGCAACCCCGAAUCUAAGUUAUAUUAGGCUGGAGUUCCUUCUCCAUGGGUGUGACAGUUGAGGCUGAACAUAAUGUAUCGCUAUAAUUUAUGUUCCUGGGGGGUAUUUCAUUUGUG